AUGGGAAAUUGUAUUUAUAAGAUCUAAAUUGACCAAAAAGCUUAGACCCAUGAUUAAAUUGAAUAAAAAAUUGUUGAUGAGGUUAUCAAAGAUGAAAUCAUAUAAACUCCUCCUUUAAUUGAACCCAAAAAAAUAUUGACUUAAAAUUAUGAGGUUGUUGUGUAAGAGAAUUCUGAUAGUCAAACUCCUAACGUAUUUAGUUCUUAAUCAUCGAACCCAUAAGUAAAAUAUCAGUAGGAUUUAUAACUUUCUCCAGAUAUUUUGGUUAGAAAUUAGAAAGAAGGCGAAAUGUUUUCACUGCAUUAUGAAAUCAUUAGAAAACUAGGAUAAGGAGGAUUUGGGUCUGUUUAUUAGGUAAAGCAUUUAAAAACAAAUUUAAUUCGAGCCGCAAAAGUAAUUUAGAAAUAGGCUAUUGAUGAUGAGCAGUUGUUAAUAUCUGAAAGCCAGAUUUUAAAGGACUUGGAUCAUCCUAACAUAGUGAAAAUACUCGAAGUAUUUAGUGAUGCUUAAAAUAUUUAUAUAAUAACUGAAUGCUUAUGUGGAGGCGAAUUGCUUGAGAGAGUCAGAUCAAUUACAAACUAUAACGAAGAUAUUGCAAAAUAUUAUAUGUAAUAAAUAUUAUCUGCAAUGGUCUAUUGUCAUAAUCGAAAAAUUGUACAUAGAGAUUUGAAACCUGAAAAUAUUUUAUUUGACGACAAGGAUAUUAAUUCUAAUUUAAAAAUAAUAGAUUUUGGUGCAAGCGAGAAGAUAAUAUCCAAAAAGUUAACAACCAAAAUUGGUACACCCUAUUUUCUGGCACCUGAAAUAUUAGGGUCAAAUGGAUAUGACGAGAAAGUUGAUGUCUGGUCAUGUGGAGUAAUACUUUAUAUAUUAUUGAUUGGGAAAGCCCCAUUUAGAGGGAAAAAUUAAUUAGAAACCCUGCAAUUAGCAUAGAAAGCGCAUUUGAGUUUCAGUGGCUAACGCUGGAAUAAUAUAAGUCCAGAAGCCAUUGACUUAGUUAAACACAUGAUUUAAAAGGAUCCUCAAAAAAGGAUUUCAAUGAAAGAUGCAUUGAAUCAUAAAUGGAUUUAAAAUUAAUCAAAAUAAAGCAUUUAAUUUGAUCAAGAUUUCUUUAAAGAAAUUACAAAAUUUAAAGGGUAUAAUAAUCUUAGAGUGGCCAUUAAUUAGUUUGUAACAGUUUAAAUAUCGAAAAAGGAAGAAAAAUACAAAUUCCUCUAAAUAUUCAAAUCCUUGGAUAAAAAUGGAGAUGGAUUAUUAAGUUAGUAGGAAAUUCUUUAAGGAAUGAUAAAUGUGAAAAUGGAUAAGAUUGAAUCUAAACUUAUGGUUAAGGAAAUUAUGGAGAAAAUUGAUACAGAUCAUUCUGGGAGAGUUGAUUUCACAGAGUUUCUCACUGCCUCAAUUAUUCAAGAGCAGAUGUUCUUAAAAGAGAGUCUGAAGAGUGCUUUUCGUUUAUUUGAUCUUGAUGGAAAUGGAACUAUAUCGAGGAUUGAACUUGAGGAAAUAUUUGGAGGUAUUCAGAUUGAUAAUUCUGCUUGGUAAGAUAUAUUAGCUGCAUGUGACAACAAUAAGGAUGGUCUAAUAGAGGAGGAUGAAUUCAUUGCUCUACUUGCUAAUUUAGAAUGA